AGCCCAUAAAACUCCCUCGGCACCGCGGUGCUCCUCCGCCCGCCGCUGCGAUCUCGACUCUGGCCUCUCGAUCAGCCGCGCUUCUCCCUCGUACGUUGCAUCUGACCUGAGGGCGCGGAGGCAUUCAUCGGUUUUCACGUCCAUCCGACCGGACGACCGUGUUGUGAGGUGGAGAGAGAGAGAGAGAAAGAGAGAGAGAGAGAGAGAGAGAGAAAGAUCCGGGGCGAGAACGAGGCGGGAGAUGACGAUGCCGGUGGACGAAGACGCGCGAUCGGAUUCUCGGUACGCGAGAUAGUGGAGGACAACCGAUGGGUAGUGGCGGUAGUGGCCAGUGAUUGCGGCGUGAUUAGCAGCUUAAUUGAUCAGGCUCCGCCGUCUCAUAGAAUUUGUCGGAUUCAGCAUUCGGAAGGAUGGGCUGGGUUCUCCCCGUUCUCGGAGUGGCUUUGGUCAUCGUCAUCGCUGUCGGCGCCACUCUCGCCAUUUGCAGAAGAUAUUGCAUCGGAUGGCAGUUUGGCACCAGGAAUGUCUGGAGCGUUUGCGAGGAAUGGAGACAGAGGCUUUCCUGGCUUUGGGCACCGCGGGAAGAAAAGGUGGGAUUGGUAAAGGCUCAGCAUCCAACCGCCCAGACAAUACCAGGCCUAUAUCGCCAGGCUGGGAAUACCUCUCAACAUCUCUUGCAUAGCGACAGCGACCUCCGGCUAGAUGCGCAAGGCGCUUUCACCAGAUUCGAGGCUGUCGACAGGGACUUACAUCCGCCCCUCGGCGGCAGCACGAUACCACCUCAGCCGCUACGACCCGCUCCUCAACCACGGCCGACCGCGCGUCCGCGACCGUCUCCUCUGCAUACACCGAGCACCGCAGACUAUCUCAGGAUGCAAGAGGCUGGUCCAGGUCCGCUGACGCCGCCGCCGCCUUCGUUGCAGAGAGGACCGAUGCGGUCGAGGCCCCCCGGUCCGUCCGUGUUUCUCUUCCAAAGCGAGCCGCCAAAGAAUCACGGCCCGUUUCAAUCGUCAAUCGAGCGCACCGCCUUCGUGUUCGGCGACGACACCGCGAAGACGAUAGCGGAGAGCAUUCAGAUGACACCUUACGCCAGUCAGAACCACGUAGAAUCCAGAUCCAUCAGACAAUUCGAGCCCUCCCCGGACCCGGUGCGGUUUAGGUACGGUAUGAAACCUCCCGUAGACAAUCACCACGACAACUUGGACAGCGAGGAUAUCGAUAGGAGUUACAGUAGCUACGACAUCAUCCAGAGGAAUCAUAUCGCGCGGCCGUACGCGAGGAACGAGCCCAUAGGAUUAACGAGCGGCUUCGGCGCCGUCAAUCCGUCGAACACAACGAGCCAGGUGAUCAUGGAGUCGAUUUACGGGCCUCAGACCGUCUCGCAGAUGCUUCAGAACAGCAACGGGCUGAACGGCGACCUGAAUCGUAAGAACAGCGAGAUGCAGAACAUCGAGAUGACUCCGUUCAAGAGCAGCGGCCAUCAGGAGCAGGGCAUUGAUCCCUACAUGUUUCACGCCGGCAUGUCGAAGGCGCAAGAUCUCGAGAGAGUGUCGCAGUAUAUACAGAGUCUGCCCGACCUGCUCGACUACGAGUCCGUGAACGAGCUCGAGGCGCAGAAUCGCGAGCCGAUAUUGUACGCUAACGCCAUUCAGGAGUCGAUCGGCGACCGCACAAAAGUCGACCGCGCGAGCGAGUCGGCCUCGAGCCCGGUGCCACCGCCGCCGCCUGCACCACCGGAUCCGUCUCAGAUCACGAAGAAGAGCAGCCCGACCACCGGCGAGAAGAUCUUCAGCGCCCUGAGAUCGGUCACCUCGCAGAGCUACAUAGACGCCUCAGAGUUUUAUAAUUCGGUGCUCUCCUCGACACAGCAAGUGCAGCGCUUCACGUUCCCGCCGGCGCCACCCUCGUUUGCAAACGACAGUGCCGGGAAUCACUUGCAGGAUGCCGAAUACCUGCAAGAUAUGAGAGAUAUUUACGCGGAAACUGACACAGACGCCGUCGGUCUGGACGUCUCCAGGCGGAGUUCCGAUCUUUAUAGUCCGGAACUAAACCUGGAAGCACACAGGACGGCGCAAGAAGUAUACAAUAGCCUGCAGGAUCCGCCGUCGUCUCCCUUGUUAGUGAAAGAGAACAAUCACGAGUCUUACACUUACCUGACGGACCCGAGUUUCACUCGCACGUCGGAGGACAUUUUCAACAGCCUGGAACAAAGGCGCAAAAGUAUAGAAAGACUGAACGGUAUUCACGAAUACGUAGAACCAGACACCGCCGAUCCAUCGAGAAGACGAAGCAGUCAGGAACUCUACGCCCUCUUGGAGGAAGUGCAACAGAAGAGACGGCUCUCACAGAGUUUGGAGGAGUCGUAUCUGGGUUACGUGAUAAACGAUCACAAUAGCAGAUCGGGGAAUCGUCGGGGGUCGUUGGUUCCUGAGCCGGAGCCACCGCCUGACGAGUCCACCUUGAAGAGAGCGAUCAGUUGCGAGAGCGUGUGCUCCGACACCAGCGUCAACCUGAACGACCUGGAGGAGUCACCUAUCGUUGGGCACAUCUGCGUCGGCCUCGAACACGAGAGAUGGGGUGGUCGCGGGAGCGACAGCGAGGGCGACUUGGCCGUGAGCGUCUUGGAAGCCAGAGACCUCAUUGCUGCCGAUGGUUCUCCCGCGCAAGACACUUUUGUUAGGGUAUGUCUGCUACCGGACAGACAGACACACGUGCAAACGAGAAUCUACAGAGGAUGCCCAUCGCCUAGUUAUCAGGAGAAAUUCCUAUUCCCUCUCGACGGUGGCCCGGCAGGCAGAACGCUCUUCGUCGAGUUAUUCUCUAACGAGUCCAGCAACGACGAAUGCGCGUCCUUAAUCGGCGAAGCCAGUUUGAAGCUCGGGCCCGCGGCGAGGCCGCCGGCUACGACUUGGCUGCCACUCACUGGACCUGCCUUACCCAUUCCACAUCUAGGGGAGCUGAUGUUCUCUCUCAGUUACUUGCCGACGGCGGAGAGGCUCACUCUCGUAGUAGUCAAGGCCCGCAACUUGCGCGGCGCGAAUUCUAGUCCGGGUGAUUUCUUCGUUAAGGUAUACUUGCUGCAACAAGGGAAGAAGAUGCACAAAAAGAAGACUUCCGUGAAGAAAGGCGAGAAGAGUCCGAUCUUCAAUGAGGCGAUAAUAUUCAGCGUGCCGGCGCACAGUCUACAGACCGUACAGGUGAGAUUGACGGUGGCGGAGUUGAACGGCGACCAAGGAGGUGCGAGUGUGAAAGCAUACUCUGUCGGACACAUCAUCGUAGGAUCUACCUCGAUGGGAAGAGCCUUAGCUCACUGGAGACAAAUGUUAGCGGCCUUGCGGCGUCCGGUUGCCAUGUGGCAUCCUCUCAGGAAGUAGAAGCGGCAGCCGCGCUCCGGCACGACCCGGGGACAAAUGACCAGCCGAGCACUUUGCUCGCAUGGUUCGACUGCACACGUGCCCGAGGGCAGUCUCGGGGGCAUCACUUUUCAGCCGAUCAUUGAGAAUUUUGUGUCACGCCCGCGGCGUAUUCUUCGGUGUAUUUGUCGUCGGGAAGAGUACGCGUUAUGUUAUGUAUAAUCCACACGUUAAGCAUUAAGGGUAAGUCUCUCUCGCGGAGAUAAGCGUUUUAUCUAAUAUCAAUCUAAUAUUAACGAUCGUCCGGACCACCGUGCGGCGCUGUUGACAUUCAGGCAUGGAGGCAUUCAGGAAGUGACUCGAGAUCGCACAGCUAAAUCGCACAGUAUCGAUCAUUAAUGAUCCCGAUCAUCGACAUGCAGUACCGAGCACGGAGUAUACGGCGAAAUAUCUUCGAUCCUUCCGUGUUGACGGGACUAGAAAGAGAGAAAUCAAUGUACGGACGCGGAUGUUUCUUUCAAAUAGUUUUUCGUUGGUUGAAUCUUGUCUAACGAAAAGGGGGUAUUGUGUUCCGGCAAGUUGGGAACAUCCUUGCGAUCGAAAGUGUGUAAUGUUGUAUAUAAACGUUACGUAAAAUUGAAAUGAUUAUAUAUCUAUAAUAACCCAGUGGAAACCAACUGACAUUUAUAUAACAUUAUAUCAAUGUUAUAAUUUCUUAUUCAACAAUGUAAAUGUGUGCAAUUAUGUAUGAUUAAAUAUAUUAGAUAUAAUUAUCUGAUUGCUAUUGUACAAUUUUUUUCUCUAUACAUGCAAGAAGGUCUCAGCCGGUCUCUGUCUUUGAGUCUCAACGUAGAAGAAAUGGCCGGAAGUUUUUUAUAGCAUCAAAAAUGCACAAUAGUAAUCAGACAAUUAUAUAUAGUUAUAUCUAAUCGUACAUAAUUAUGUAUGAUUAGUAUUGAAUAAUUGCAAAUUUCAUACAUAAUUUAGCAUAAUUAUGUACACCUGUAUACAUAUAUUUAUACAUGAUUAUGCAUGAAACGUUUUUUAACGGCACUUUAUGUCGAUGAUCCCGAUAAUUCUGAUUCGUCGAUACUAUCGGUCGACGGUCGUCAUCAUUCAAGCACACGAAUAGGCUCUAAAAAGUCAACCCGCGUCAUCGUUCACGUAACCGUGAGUCUCGAGCGAAAGCUCGAGCGAAGCUUUCGCGUUCGGGUCGUCGGCACGACGAAUUCGCGCCAUUGCCCCCCUCCCCGCGGCAAUGAGAUCUUCCCCGUAAACAUGUCCAUCCACCUGGAAAUAUUUAACGCGUGGUUGAGACGUGCAACGCGAAAGUUUACAGCGAUGUGUUCCGUACAUUGUUACAUAUCUCUCCCUGAGCAAUUAAGUAUUUCGAGCAAUUAAUUUGUCUUGGGUCUCUCCUUUGAGGGUACUUCAACUUUGUAACUUUCUCCCUUAGGAAUCGGACGUGUUCUCUUUCAUCUUUUAUUGCGCGCGUUUCAUCGUCAUGAUUUAAACAAGCGUGCGAAAUAAGCAAAAAGAGAUGUUGAACUUCGUGUCCUCGCCUUUAUCAGGCCCAAGACAAUGCAAAAGGGAGAGAAAGGGAGGAGAAGGAGGAGUAUUAUUAACGAAAGCGACAGUGGAAGUGAAAGUAAGAACGAACGCGGGAAUAUAGUGAAGUUUUCCCGCGAAAGUUCCGCGAUUCGCCGUGUAACUGUUAAAGAUUAAUGCAUCUUCCAUCGACAUCAUUUACGAGCAGCCACCUCGUCGCACUCACGUCGCGUCAUCGUUCGUUUGGUGAUUAUUAAUAACAGCGAAGUUUCGGCGAGCGAAAAGCAGCCCGACGCGAAAACGAGGGGGAGGAGAAGGGGACUUCGGAACUGUGUGAUUUCUAACUCUAUCGGAAUUCUCCGCGAGAUGUGUGUAACGUUGUUGUAUGCGCUGUGGACAUGUUGACACUUUUACAGAGUUUAUCACUGACGUUAUCGCACGACCGUACCGACCAGUUUUUCAUUCGCGGAGGCGGAAACGUGUGUACGCAACGAUCGCGUCCGAAUCAAGCCCAAGUUAAUUUCUGACAUCCUCGUCCCUCUUAAAUUGACGUCGUAUGGACUGAGUUCGCGAUAUAUUCAUCGAUUACACGUUUAAUGAUCAGUAAAAUUCCACAAUUUUCGGAUUUACAAUUGCUCGACUAUUUGUCACUGCAAAAUUCUUCGUCGCCAUUCGUACGCGAAACAAGGGAAAAGUUACUCUUUUAUAGAUUUUUACAGGCGCAGCUCGAACUUUUUUUCAUCUCUUCGAGAGCUAGUUCUUUUCUUGUACGGAAUCUCGAGCACAAAAUAAGUAUUUACAGUUUUUCCGAAUCGGUAUUUUCUUACUAAUAGACUAUCUCUUCUUUAUUUAGCGUAAGUUUAAUCUACAAUGCAAUAGUUAAUUACAUAAAAAGCAUAUAUACAUGAGCACGGCUUUGCAUUCACUUUUAAAUAUAAUAAAUUAAUUCAAUAUUAAUUGAUUUAGCUUUAGUUUAGGCAACUUAACCAAAUUAAUUUUCUAGGCCGUUAACUUUUAACUUGUAACUUGAACAUAAAAAUAACUUACCCUGGAUAUACUAAUUCGAUUCGGUCGAUCCAUCGCGACCCAUUCUUCGUUUAACGGCGAGAUAAUAACGUGCGGCGAAGAGUCGAUUUUAAACCGGUCUUUAAAAGCAUUCGAUUCGUAUCGGAGCCAUUUUGAGACUGACAGCUCGCGAUAGACCGAUAAUUCUAUCGCAUUCGUAAAGAAUAGAAGACACCACGAUCUUACGUAAUCGCCAUCGUUCCCCGAUACAAGACACAAGAAUCGUUACGCGUUGAUUUUUUCGGGCGGUGUCUCGCCUUUCGAAAACCAAGGGUCACAAGUUUUGACUAUCAUUAGAGUUUAAAUCUUAGAUUAGACUUAAGAAGGAAGGAAUCGUGAGUUAGAAUGUAAGGGGAAAGCCCGGGCCGUUUCCGUGAUAAUUAUCCCGUGAAGAGUCGCUGCUGUACAAACGUGACCCGGCAUAGCGACGUGCGUGCCUACUCCUUCGCGAUUUCCGAGGAUCUGUUAAAGGAUAAAAUGAUCUUUCGCAUUUGUGUUGCUUUUCAACAGGUUGCUCGUUGCGGAGUUUGAGCGCGCGUUUUUGUCGAUAUUCCAAACGAGUCGGACACUGUCCUCUCCGUAGGAAAUGGGCGAAUCAAAAAAGAAAACCCGGAAGCAAUAUCGAUAAUUAUUUAUUCGGUGAGGCUGAAUUUCUCGCCACCGAAUGGAAUCCCUUCUAACGCGCCUGUCCGUUCCCUUUGUUGCGUAGUGCGUGCGCGCGCGCGCGAUCGGGGCCAUCAGCGUAUGAGAUCACCGGAUCACCACGGUUCCGACCACCUGUCGAUCGAUCCCGAGAUCGGUUCGAUCGAGGACGCUCGGUCACUACCAAAAGAAAUAAAAAAUAAAAAGAAAGGAAACAAGGAGGAAGAGUAAAAAAAAACAAACAAACGAUCGUUAAGACUCGCACGAAUUAGACACAGCCUUUUGGACCUCAACGCCUAUUCUAUAUCUAUUCUAUAUCUAUAUAACUUUUGUACCUCUUCAUACACAUACAUAAAAGCUCGCAAGUCUAGUCUUUUUGUACACGCAUACGUGUGCAUACGCGCGUGCACAAGCACGUGUAUACGUGUAUACAUAUGUUACGAGCAAAAUUCUACGAUCUACACACUGUAUAACUCUUCACGUCUCACAUCAUGCAUGAAAACCAAGUGUAUCCCCCCCUCCCCCCCCCCCCACUUCAUACUUAUAAACUUACGCAGGUUUUUCUAUCGCUAAUUACUAAUGGGACUAAAAUAUCGCUCACUUUCUCAUUAACUUCACGAAUCUAACCAUAAGGAGUCCUUUGCGAAAUGAUUACUUAUCUCCUCACUUUAAUAUAUACAUACAUAUAUGCGCGGAAUGUGCCAUUUUUACUCCGAAUAAGCAGGUCGAUUAAUUCAUGAACUGUGUGACAAGUACUGACAGGAGAAGAUACUCUGAAUAAGAAGAGUUUUGAGGGAGUAGCUUGGUUGUGCCUGUUAAAUUAAAAAAAGAAUACGACUUAAACCAGGUUCUUCUCUCUCACGAGCAAUUUCGCUACUUUUAAUCGUAGCAUUUCUUCUCACAUCAUUUAAUUCGAAAGUGAUCCAACCGUUCGAAUUGCAAAAUGGAACAUUCUGCGUGCGUGCGUGCGUGUUAUGCGUGUGUGGUUUACCAAGGUAUUUCUUAAUUGAUGCUCAUUAAUCACACAGCGUUUGUUUUUCCUAUUGAAAGUCUACAGGUCCUGAGUAAUUUCUUUUUUUGUGUUGCUUAAUGAAACGGUAAUAUACACACAAGCACGCGCGCGCGCACACAUAUAUGUACACACACAUGCACACACGUACACAUACGUGCAUAUACAUAUACAUAUACGUGGUGGCCCGUGAGAAUAGCUUUGAUAGGCAAAAUUAAGUUGUAUAUUUUGCAGAAAGCACAGUGACGAGUAACUUUUAAUAAUGGUUUCUCGAGUAAAUGAUUAGGAAAAAUUACGCUACGCAAUACGAUAAGCAUAUAGAUAUUACGACUCGUUGUUUGAAUCUGCAAUUUUGUAGAAAGUCUUUUGUGCCAACAUUCUGUUACUGUUUCCGAUAUCGAAUCUUUUUUUUGUUUUAAUUGGCUAAUCUAUCAAUGCAAACAGGAUUUUUUUAUUAUCAACAACUUGUUACAUUUGCAAUUGCGCUUUUGCCGCAUGUCCCUCGGGUAGUUCUGUCGAGGGUCAAUUCGUUCGGGAUAAUUUCAUUCGGCUUAAACUUGCGCGCGAUGUAGAUAUUCUAAUUUAACGGGCUGUACCUCUAAUACUAAUAAUACUAAUAAUAAUAAUAAUAAUAAUAAUAAUAAUAAUAAUAAUGGAGCACCAUACAUAAGCGCGGUGGGUGGGUACGCAUUGCGUACGCGUAAUUUAUACGCAUAAUAUAUACAUAUAAAGCAAGAUAAAUUAGCAUUUAACACUGUUGUAUAUCGGCACAAAAUUAAACUUUUAUUCUUAAUACCUACGUGCGAUUCGCGUCUAUGCCGCAUACGCAUAGACUACUUACGUGUCUCUGCGUUUGAUGCACACAGACCGACACGAUAGCUCUGAUAUCUCCAAUGACGCAAUAGUAAUUAGGACUUUUUAGUUACUCGCUUUAAUUACGUCAAUAUGAUUAACUAAACAAUUAAUCACAUUGACGUAUUCAUAUAUUAUGCUGCAUGUUGAUUACUUAAUAAGACAAACAACGAUAUUUCAAUCGUCCAAUUAUACAAUUAUUAUUAUUUAUUUAAUAUAAUUACAAUUAUUUAAAUUAAUUGUUAACAGGAAACGGCAUUCGUAAUGUAAAACAUAAAAUUAUGUAUGAACGAAAGGGAAUAUUUGAUGUAUCCUUGCUGCUUCGUUAAAUAAUCGACAGACACGAAUAUGUUUACAAUGCUGAAAAAACCUAAUUAAUAUUAUGACUUUAUUCAAUCGGACUGUUGUGCUGGUCUGUGUACGCGGGAGGCGUGUACAGGGUUUCACGGAAAACGGUGAAAAUGUGAAAUAAAUCCGAUUGGGCAGUAGUCCUCCACAUCAGUGAAAAAGUGUGAUUGUCCGCUUUUCUCCUUGAUCGUGACAUAAAAUUAUCGUGCAAAUAACACGAGAGCGCUCGAGUUACUGCUAGUGAUGCGCGCCGUUUUCCGGAAUUCCCUUCACUAUAUUAAACUUAAACCCGAUGUAUUAUUACAUACGCAGAACGAGUUUAGGAGGAAAGGAAUAUGAGAGCUGUUUAAUAGUUUGCAUCUUGUUUUUCAAGAUUUAGUUUUGUCAGAGGCUAGCUGUAGUGAUAAAAGAAAGCGAAAGGAAGAGAGCGAUGAAUGAAGGCAUGAAAAAGCAGGGAAGUGAUAAAAAGAUAAAUGAAAAUAGAGAGAUUACGACGAAAGGCAAAGAACAACAGAGAGAGAAAAACUGAAGAAAUGAAAGAAUUACUCAGAGGAAAGGGAAAAGAGAACCGAGCGAUAAUGACAAUAAUAGUGUAAAGUGAUUUGUACCACAAAUAAUGUCACUAUGCGUAUCGGUAAAAAUAGUUUCCCUUUUAAUAGAGUUGACUCUAAGAGAAUUACUUUUUUUAAUAAUUCGAGAUGCAUUAUCGCUAUGUAAUAUCAGCUAUAUGUUAAUAGCAGUAGCUUAAAUAAAUAAAUAAUGGCAAUAUUAUACGUCCAUGAGUAUC